AUGCUUACCCCUUUUUUCACCAUCAACCAGGAUGAUGAGUUUAUAUACAUUGAUGUCAAGAUCUCUCAUAUUAGAUUCAGUGCACCUAAUAUCGAAAUGACUGUUGACAAUGAUUUAUUCAUAUUUUCACUCGCCCCAUAUUACUUACGAUUAAGGUUCCCAUAUCCGUGUGUGGAUGACGAUAGAUCACAUGCUGAGUACGACUCUAAAUCAGAAAGUGUCAAGAUCAAAAUACCCAAGGAGACUAAAGGACAGUUUUUCCCUGAUUUAGACUUGACCGCCAAGUUACUUGCAAGAACAAAUGAGAAUACAAUCGAUGAGCAAAAGGAAAAGAAGCCAUUGAUUGAGGAAAUGGAUGUUAAUAACACGGUAAGCAAUGACCAGGCUGAGAAAGAUUUGCAAGAAGGUGAGGAUUUCAACUGGGAAAUUAAGCAGGAAUUUCCUAGCAAUUCUACUUUGGAACCAAUUGGCGGUACCGAGGAUCUAAAAACAAGUUCCAGUGUCAAGUACGGCUUUAACAAUCAAUAUGAUGGAAUAGUUGGUGUAAGUGUAUCCAAUGGUAACGAUAUCAAUGGGCUAGGUGAUCCUGAGUCAACCUUUAAGCCUGACCGAAUUAUUGAAAGGCUAAUUAAAGAGAACAUCCAGUUUGAUCCGGAAAUAUAUGCUGCCGAUUACAUUAUGGAAAAGCAUCCAACACCUGAUGAUGAUAAAAAUUUUAAUCAAUUGAUUGAGUGGAAGAAUCCAACAGUUCAGAAAUUUCUCAAGUGGUACAAAUCGCAGCAACUGGUGGAUGAAAGUGAACGUGAUGCCGUGAUGCCCGUUGAGUUUUCCAAGGAAGAACAAGAGAAGAUGAUGCAACUACCGAGAAAGUCUUACUUGGUAGACGGUCAAUACAAGCUUGAAAUACUUGGAACUAUCGUUUGUCUUUUGUUUGGAUACAAUUUUGACAUGAGAGAGAAUGAAGGCGAGCACAAUGUUGAAAGUGCUUGGACAAUUGGUAAAAUUGCUCCACAAUUUUCCUUCUUGGAUUCCAAAUUGAUCGACAACAACUCAGAUAAUUUAUUGAGAUCAGCUGUCAUUACUUGUAUACGAAGGGCAUUAACAUACCCACUUCAUCGCAGUUUCGCAUUAUGUGGAAAGGUAUGGGAUGAUGUGUAUUAUCACCUACGGAGUGGGAAAAGACUUGUACUUCAAUCGCUACUAGAUUUGAAAGAGCUAUUUCGGUUCCACGAUAUUUAUUAUGUUUACGACAAGAUUUGGUUGGAAGAUUUGUGUGCUUAUUUAAUCAGUGAUAAUGUCACUGAAGGACAGAUUAGGAAACUCGCCCAUGAUGUGAAGAAAACUGUGGACAGUGUUACUAAAGCAGACAUUACUUUUGAGAAAGCCGAUGAGGAUAUAGAAAUGGGUGACGAUGGCGCAGUAGAGCAAGAUGAAAUGGUGGCACUUACAUUAGACGAUAUUGACAAAAUGGCAGAGGCUGUAUAUGAUAAUAUGUAA